AUGUUCGCUGCUGCUGCGCGAAGCCGUCUCUCCACCCUGUCAAGGCCCCGGCUCCCUCCGACAUCACUACUCGCCCGCUCGACUCCCGCCAUGGCUCCUCGACGCCAGGCUUCCUCCGUUCCUGAGGGAUACAAGGAGGAUAUCUCCAAGGGCAAGAUGCUCCGUUUUGAGGACUCUCUACCCCACCUCCCGGUCCCCUCGCUCGAAGAGACCGGCCGCCGCUACCUGAAGUCGGUCCACCCACUCGUCUCCUCUACCGAGUUCGAGCGCACAAAGAGUGCCGUCGAAGCCUUCAUCCGCCCCGGCGGUGAGGGUGAGCCUCUGCAGAAGCGUCUUCUUGAGCGCGCUGCCGAUCCCAAGGUCAACAACUGGAUUGCUGAAUGGUGGAACCAGGCCGCCUAUCUGGGCUACCGGGACCCUGUUAUCCCUUAUGUUUCCUACUUCUACUCCUACAAGGAUGAUCGGGAGCGUCGCAGCCCCGCCAAGCGUGCCGCUGCCAUUGCCACCGCUGCCUUGGAAUUCAAGGCGGAGGUUGACGCUGGCUCCCUCGAGCCCGAGUACAUGCGUGGCCAGCCCAUGGCCAUGAGCUCGUAUGAGUACAUGUUCAACUGCUGCCGUAUCCCCGCUGACCCCGCCGAUUUCCCCCGCAAGUACUCCGCCGCCGAGAACCAGCACAUCAUCGUUGCUCGCAAGAACCAGUUCUUCAAGGUGCCUCUGGUCGUCAACGGCCAGGCCCUGAACGUCUCGGAGCUGGAGCAGCAAUUCCAGCGCAUUAUUGAUGUCGCCCAGCCCGCCCCGCCGGUCGGUGUGCUGACUGUAGCGGACCGUGACCACUGGACCGCUGCUCGCAAGAAGCUCGUUGCCGCUGACCCUGCCAAUGAGCAGGCUCUCCAGGACAUCGAGGCCAGUGGCUUCGUCAUCUGCCUGGAUGAUGCCAAGCCUGUCACCCUGGAGGAGCGCGCUCACCAGUACUGGCACGGAGAUGGUGCCAACCGCUGGUUCGACAAGCCCCUGCAGUUCAUCGUCAACGACAACGGUACCGCCGGUUUCAUGGGUGAGCACUCCAUGAUGGACGGAACUCCCACCCACCGUCUGAACGACCACGUCAACAACCUGAUCUUCAACAAGAAGAUCGACCUCUCCGCCAAGUCUGUCCGCGCCGAGCUUCCCGACCCCAAGGCCAUCAGAUUCCACCUCAACGACGAGUCCAACGAAGCCAUUGACAUCGCAGCCCAAUACCACCGCAAGCAAAUUGCCUCGCACGAGCUUGUCGUCCAAGCCUACCAGGGCUACGGAAAGGGUCUGAUCAAGAAGUUCAAGUGCAGCCCCGACGCCUACGUCCAGAUGCUCAUCCAACUGGCCUACUUCAAGAUGUACGGCAAGAACCGCCCCACUUACGAGUCCGCCUCGACCCGUAAGUUUCAAGAAGGCCGCACAGAGACCACCCGUACCGUCUCCGACGAGAGCUCCGCCUUCUGCAAGGCCCACCACGACACCAACACUCCCCGUGAGGAAGUCGUUAAGCUGUUCCGCGCCGCUCUGGCACAGCACACCAAGUACACCAUGGACGCCAGUGACGGCCGCGGUGUCGACCGCCACCUCUUCGGCCUGAAGAAGCUCCUCCAGCCCGGCGAGAAGUUGCCCGCGCUGUACGAGGAUCCUGCCUUCGCUUACUCCGGUUCUUGGUACAUCUCCAGCUCCCAGCUCAGCUCCGAGUACUUCAACGGAUACGGGUGGAGCCAGGUUAUUGAUGAUGGAUUCGGAAUUGCGUACAUGAUCAACGAGAACAGCCUCAACUUCAACAUCGUCUGCAAGCGUCUUGGCGCCCACCGUAUGAGCUACUUCUUGAACGAGGCCGCCACCGAAAUGCGCGACCUCCUCAUGCCCGACCUGGCCGCCCAGGCCGAGAAGGCCAAGCUGUAA